GUUCUAGAGCAAGUGCAUCCAACGUUACAAGCCCGCGAGGAUGCUCUACUCUACAUGGAAACCUUAUGUUUGCGUAUGUUAGCAAUGCUGUGUGCCCAACCAUCUCCGCAUACAGUAGCGGAUGUUGAACAAAGAAUUUGGCGUACUUUUCCUAAGCCCCUCGACGAUUGGGCCCUGACAGAUGCUCGUGUGGCAAUAGACAAAUCCAAAAAAUUGAAACCGGUGCUUCCGGUUGACCGUGUCCAUACCCUAUUGCAAAAGGAGGUCCUGCAGUACAAAAUCGAUAGUUCGGUUUCAUUGUUCCUGGUUGGGGUGUUGGAGAGCAUUUCGGCUGACAUUCUGAAGCUAGUCGGCUACUAUGUCAAAAAUAUGCAUCACAUCGAGAUAUCCCAGGAGGAUAUCGAGGUCGCCAUGUGCGCUGAUAAGGCGCUCAUGGACAUGUUCUACCAGGGGGACAAUUCGAGCUCGAGGGCGCCUAGUCCAUUGCCGCCGACGCCUCGAUCCAGCCUCAGCUACGAGGAGGUCGUGAAAGAACUCAUCCACGACGAGAAGCAGUACCAACGGGACCUGCACAUGAUCAUAAGGGUGUUUCGCGAAGAACUGGUGAAAAUAGUCGACGAUCCAAAGGAACUUGAUGCAAUUUUCUCCAAUAUUAUGGACAUUUAUGAGGUGUCCGUAACGUUACUGGGUUCGCUCGAAGAUGUGAUCGAAAUGUCGCAAGAACAAAUCCCGCCAUGCAUCGGAAGUUGCUUCGAAGAAUUAGCAGAAGCGGCAGAGUUUGAUGUAUACGAAAAGUUUGCAAAAGAUAUCACGUCGGUUGAGGCAAAGGAAGCCUUAGCAAAUUUAAUGUCUAGGCCAGAGGCGAAUUCGCUGAAGUCGGCCGGUCACGGUUUCAGGGAAGCGGUUAAAUUCUAUUUACCAAAACUACUUUUAGGGCCUAUCGGGCAUGCACAGUUGUAUUUAGAUUAUAUUAAAAUUUUACUACAGCUUAGUCCAUCGCAGGAGGAUAAAGAAAGCUUUGUACAGGUUCAGGGGUUGCUUAAACCCUUGCAGCUCGGAUUGCAGAGUAUAUCUUCACUGCUGCCUAAGGAAUAUUUCGCUAGGGUAAACAGCCGGGCAAGGCGUCAGUCGGCAAUCGAAAAAACACGUGAAUUACAAAACAGUGUAGAACAUUGGAACAAAGACGUUGGUCAAUGUUGCAACGAGUUCAUCCGGGAGGACACACUUGCCAAGCUUAGCUCCGGCAAGCGACAAACCGAACGAAAGGUGUUCCUAUUCGAUGGGUUGUUGGUGUUGUGUAAAGCCCGACGGCAGAUUGUUCCCGGCAACAAUUACGACUUUCGGUUAAAGGAACGCUUUUUCAUGCGUAAGGUGGAAAUCAUCGAUCGACCGGACACGGAGGAGCUGAAGUAUAUGUUUGAAAUCUCUUCCCGGGAACCGAGUAACGUUAUACUUAUUGCAAAAAAUGCACAACACAAAAACGAUUGGAUGGCGGAUUUGGUUAUGCUGAACACAAAAUCCAUGUUGGAACGCAUUCUAGACAGUAUUUUACUAGAUAUCGAAAAGAAACAUCCACUUAAACUACCUAGUCCGGAAAUAUAUGCAUUUGCCGUUCCUGAUUCCCCUUCGAAUAUAGUGCUGGAGGAGCGAGAAGGAACGGGAGUGCCCCUAAUCAAAGGCGCCACGCUAACGAAACUGAUCGAACGGCUCACCUACCACAUAUACGCUGAUCCUAUGUUCGUGCGUACCUUCCUAACAACGUAUCGAUCGUUUUGUUCGCCCAAAGAGCUUCUUAGGUUAUUGGUUGAACGGUUCGACAUACCCCACCCGGCACUGGUGUACGACUGUGCCUGUGAUAAGGAACUUGGAUCAGAUAUGGACAAGUUUCAUAAGAAUUCUCAACGAGAAGACUGGAAACGCUACAAGAAGGAGUAUGUGCAACCGGUUCAAUUCCGUGUGCUGAAUGUUCUUCGGCACUGGGUAGAUCAUCAUUUUUAUGACUUUGAGCGGGAUCCCAAGCUGCUGGAUUCAUUGUUAUACUUCCUGGCAACGGUACGGGGUAAAUCUAUGCGUAAGUGGGUUGACUCGGUGUUGAAGAUAGUGCAGCGGAAGAAUGAAAGCGAUGACAGUCAUCGGCAGAUAUCGUUUGCUUUCUUAGAUAGUCCACCGCCGAUUGAGAAGCAUUUGUCGCUGAGUUCGGAUGAGAACGAAUACAAUCUGCUAAUGUUGCAUCCCUUAGAACUUGCCCGUCAACUGACGUUGGUAGAGUUUGAAAUGUAUAAAAACGUAAAACCAUCGGAGCUGGUCGGUUCAGUGUGGACCGGAAAAGAUAAAGAAACUACUAGUCCUAAUUUAUUAAGAAUAAUGCAUCACACUACGAAUUUCACUCGCUGGAUCGAGAAAUCGAUUAUCGAGGCGGAGAACUACGAGGAACGUGUGGCAAUGGCAUCGCGUGCAAUAGAGGUGAUGAUGGUUCUGCAGGAUCUCAACAACUUCAACGGUGUGCUUUCGAUCGUGUCCGCCUUCCAGGGCGCGGCAGUCCACAGGCUCAAGCUGACGCUUGAAGAGAUCCCCAAAAGCUACCAGCGUGUGCUGGCCGAGUGUCGGGAGCUGAACAAUUCGCACUUCAAAAAGUAUCAGGAAAAGCUGCGUUCAAUAAAUCCACCUUGUGUGCCAUUUUUUGGAAUGUAUUUAACCAAUAUUUUACAUAUAGAGGAAGGGAAUCCAGAUUUUUACCAAAUACGGAACUAAUAAACUUCUAAGAGAAGACGUGUAGCUGAAAUUACUGGUGAAAUACAGCAAUAUCAAAAUCAACCAUACUGCUUGAAAGUUGACGAUAACAUUAAGCAUUUUCUAAAAAAAUUAGAUCCUUUUAAAGGCAUGAGUGUAACUGAAAUUCAAAACUAUCUGUACGAGGAAAGCAAACGGAUUGAACCGAAGAAUUGCCGCCAACCAUUAAAAUUCGCGCGCAAGUGGCCAGACAUUUCUCUAAAGUCUCCCGGCAUCAAGCCCAUGCGACGUCCAAACAAUUCGGCCAAUUCGUCAUUGAAUCUGGCUGGUACGUUGACAUCCAGCAACAAAGCUCCGUUUGUGAACAAAAACGAUACCGGUGCGGAGCAGCAGUCACCUCCAGCCAGUUCAUCGUCGGCUUCCGUGGCCGACCAAGCAGUAUUUGCUAACGUGAACAUCAACUCGUCGUCGUCAUCAUCACAGAAUCAUCAUCACCAUCAGCAACAGUCGUACCAAUAUCAGCAUCAUUCGCAGGGAUCGAUGCAAUAUUAUCCAGGCCAGCAUCAGUCAGUUGGUGGCCAACAGCAAAACCAUCACUAUUAUCAUCACGGGCAGCAGCAUAGCUUAUCCCAGUCAGUGGUAAAUCUCACAUCAACGGCAGAUCAUCAAAUGGCGCCAGAGAUUCCACGACGCUCCGAUAGUAUUAUUCUAACCUCUUCACUAUCGUCCCAAAUACAAUACAACCUAAACAAUAGUAGCUAUUCCGAAUCCAGUAGCAAUCACAGUGGAGGAAGUAAGCUAGUUCCAAGCCCCCGCUAUCCAUCUUCCUCAAUGAGUGCGCUGUCGUCAUCAUCAUCUGGCAUGAGUGUUUCUUCGUUCUUUGGCAUUAUGAGCGCAUCGAACAGUGAUGCGUCUGGUCUUGGGGGAAGCCUAAGUAGCUCAGCUGCUACAAACGCCGCUAGUAUUGUUUCGCUCAGCGAAGGGCCAACUGGCCCUCCUCCACCACCACCACCCCAAGCGAAUGCCGCCACAGCCAUCUCACCAGGUGGGGGGUCGAUGUCUUCGCCAUCUGCCAGCACAUCUUCGGCGGUAACUGCCGUAGGACCGCUACCCUACUGCGUUGGAUCAACGGUUUCUGCACCACCAGCACCAGUACCCGGUACGGGUGCUGACAUUCCGCCUGCGAUUAGUCCCCGGACGGAUAAGCCAGCGGUACCGCCGGCACCGCCACCAUUACGGAAUCAUGGUGGUGGGGGAACCGAGUUUUGUUACAACACUUCCGGGCUCCCGACAUCACCGCUUGCAACUAGCAGUAGUACUAGCUUUAGGAUUAGUUCAUCCAAUACUUUAAAGAAUCAAAACUGUGAUUUUACUACCGCAAACAGCGCUGUCAAUCGUUCGUCAUGUGAAAAUUCGCCGAUCUAUCCGUCGAGUCCGCAGAUGCAUCCAACGGGUGCAGCGUCAGCGAUGGAUUUCAACAGCAGUGCCAUCUCGCCGUCGCUGUCCACCUCUUUCUCGUCAACAUCGUCGACCUACCAGACGGCGUACAACCACUCGUCGACAACGGCCGACUCGAUGAUCCUCAGCACGACGACGGCCAGUAACGACUUGGGUCCGCCGCACUCACCACACGUGAACGUACCAAAUACACACAAUAUUCCUCCUCCUAUGCCACCUCCUCUACCUCCUAGAGUUAAACGAAAAGAGUCCUCCGGGGAAUCGUUACAGUCUUCUCAGGUGCGACAAGCACCGGAUGCACCCAAGCUUCCACCGAGAGAUAUUAGUCCACCUCCGUUGCCGCCACGUACUCAUAUUCAGUCGCACUACUUAUUUGGAAAUGUGCAACAACAGCACCAGCUGUUACACAGCUCAGGAGCCUGUGACAGCUGGAAUCAUAUAAACGUAUUCUCGAAGGAUGAAUCGCCAUCUUCAUCUUCCUCGUCGUCGACGCUAACACGCGACAACUUGAACCAGCACAACAUCAGUGAACAGCGACUACUCAUGUUACCGCAUACUAGCACCAUCAUGAUGCGCCGAAAUUCCGCCAUGGAUCGGGCCUCUAAAGAAAACCUACCGAACAUCACGGCUUCGCCUUCGCUAUCCAGGCUUUCCAGCACAGCCACAGCGGGUGGGGUCCCUGGUGGACUAGCAACCGCUAGUGGACCUGUCAGUUUGCCAUCUUGUAGCGCACCACCGCCGCCAUGUGCGGCGAAGAAUAAAUCAGUUCAAAAUUCACCCGUCUCGCAGCAACAACAAGCGGUAGUUUGCGGACGACGGCCUAGCACAAAUAUAUCGCCCAGAUUUUCGCCCGGAGAAACUACACCUAAAUUACCUCCGAAGCCAAAGCAAACAAAUCUAUCAUCACAUUCGGAUCGAACAAUGUUCCCCUAUCCGAGCACAAACUGACCAAACGGGAAAGGUUGCGGGCGGCAUUUCUUACGGUAAAUUGGUACGAUAGGGUGACCAUAUUAGGGAACGAGUCAGAUUGAUGGAGUAUAUCCUGAUCCCGAACAGAGUGAACAUUUUGCCUGUUGCUGAGAGCAAGGCAUUCAAUCGUUGAGUGUUUGCGUUUUCAUUUCGUUGUUAAAUGCUUGAUUUUAAGUACAUAACGCAAGCAAACAUAAAAAUUAUACGGUGCGGAAAACAAGCAUCUAUAGAUAUGUUAUCAUUGAAAGGUUAUAUUUUACAAGUUUUACAAAUUUUAUAUUUUUUAAAUUUCCAACAGUGCACAUAAAGCAUGUUAUGCUUUACGCUAGAGCAGAGCAUAUGUCGAGGAGGAAAGUAUACAAAACAAAUAAAAAAGUGCCAUAGUUAGAAAAUAGAUCGAUAAUUUUCUUUCCUGCUUCGGGACUUGUAGACAAACAACAACAGCUCCAAAAACAUCCAUAUUUCUCUUUCACAAUACGAGGCCAUCUCUUGUAAAACCAUGAAACAAAUAUCAGAAAUUAUACGCAACAGUAUCGUGUUCCUACAUUUUAUUACAAAUUAAAUUACUAUUUAGCAGGAAUGGGAUGCAAUGAUGUAUAAGAAGGGUUGAUUAUGAUAGGGGAGUUAGACAACUGAAAAAGCUUGCGUUUAUUUUUCAAUCACACUCUUUUUUUUAGAACAUUUCUUACCAGCUGACAAACUUUCACAGGCGCAAAAUUUGUUCUGAUUUUAUUAACUGUUUCAUUAACAUAUGGAAUUUUAUCGUUUGUGAAAUUUAGAAGUGUAUAGAAUUAAGCGUAAAAUGUUCCAGUCCGGUAUACAAGUUUAGAUUAUUGCAAAACAAUGAAUACUAGUUAUUUUACUUAACUGAAGACUUUGGUGAAACAACGUAAGACGAACCAAUUAUUAUUCUAUUUUUUACGAUUAAUUUUAUCUAAUACUCAUCCCACUGGUAGUAUUCCGUGCAACUAAGACAAUGCGCUAAGUCUAAAAACUCUAAAAAAUAGCCGUGCUAUAUUUUGAAGCUGCAAUUUUGCUACAUGGUAUCAUUUUCUAUACAAAAAUGAAAAUAUAUGUUGGGAUGCAUUCAUAGACUCACGUUCCAAUAGUGAAAACAAACUUGAGCAACUCUGUAAUAAUUGUCCUAAUUUCAAUCAUCUGAAAUGGCGUUGUUCCUUAUUCCGUUCAUUUGCUUUCCUAAUUCCAAUCACCCGAAACACAUUUGAUUCAUUGGAGAUGUUAAUGCCCGAUAUUUUCCACCUUAUCUUCAACGUAAUUUUAACUAGAGCCUGGGUACUAGGCGUUCAAUUUUGACCUGAAACUGCAACAACAAUGUCUCUGUUUGUUUGGAAUUGUUCAUACCGCUGUUUCGUUCAAAUUGAAUAUUAAAACUUUAAAACUCCGGAUAACCCUACUUCUACAAUGUAUUCACGGGUUUCGGUAAAACAUAAUCUAAGGUAUUUGUAGCUCAGAGACGGCAGUGUUUUGAUAGCGGACUCGAAACUCGCCAAGAAAUUCCCGGAUGAAGCUUUAAGAACAGGAACGCCACAAUUAGAUGGGUUCUGCUGUUUUGAACUAUCCGUGUUCUUCGGAAAUACUUUGUCAACAGCAACCACUUGACUAGCGGUGAUGAUGCCUUUCUUGAUUUUGGUUCCGCCUCAGUGUGAUGCACAUAAUAAAUAAUUGCCUAUAUUACAACGGCUCUUGCAAACGCUGUAAGGCGAAUCAACCAACCAACCCACCAUUACUUUCAUAACUAUUGAACGCAAUAAUCCAUCGAAACCAUAAAUAUGCAAAAAGUUGGUGAGUGAAUUAUUGGCAGUGCCUGCGCAAAUAGCCAUAAAUUUAAAUGGCAACAUCUACCGCGGGUGUUCUCAAAAUUAGGAAUUUUUCAUGAAAAACUUUUUGGUACCGGUUAUGUAGGAAGGUGUCCGUUACUACGCCUACCAAAUAUUUUUUCGAUGAAGGUGCUUAAUUUUGAGAAAUCGAACCUUAGAUGCUUAUCGCCAUAUUGAUUUAAGGAAGUGAACUUCUAGUGUGCCGCUCUAAGCACGCUCAAAGUGGGUGAUUGUGAAGAAAAUUCAAAAAGUACCGUCAAACGGGGUGACAUGCAACACUUUUCAAAUUUCUCUCAAGAAUUGUGAAUAAAAAAGAUUUAUUCAUUCUACUAGUACAUGAUACUUUUAAUAUUAGUGAUUAGCCAUAUAAUCAGAUAUACAACAAUAAUAAAAAUAUGAAAAUAAUAUCAAAAUGAUGGGUGUUGCAAGCCACCCCUAUUGCGGGGUGACUUGCAACACCUCAUCGAUUUCAAUCAUAACAUGUUUUAGAACAACUUAAUCAUAGUGCUUUUUCAUCCUGGGUUCUUCACCACUGUCAAUGCAGGGGCCUUACUUGAGGAAUCCCCCACAGACAAACAGACAUAACACUCGUUAAACUCCCAUCGUUCACUGAUUUACUGGUCGAUUCAAAUAAUCAUUAGGUGGUCAAGCGAUCACUCGUGGCGCGCGCAUUGAAUUUGUUCGAGUUUGACGUUUGCUCACUCGCCAUCUGGUUCGUGACUAAAAUUAACAGAUUUCGUUAGUGUUUCAACGACGAUUUAUUUUAUGAGUGAAUGUUCAAUGUGUUAUGUCUGUUUGUCUGUGGAUCCCCCCUACCCACAUUCCCCUUUUUUACGAUUUCAACAGAUCGAUUGGUAUUUUUAGUCAUCGGUUUGAAAGUACUUUAUGUCGGUUUAAGAAUGGUGUGCACCAUCAGUCAUUCCCUGGAUAGUUGUUUUUGAAACGGUUUUCCUUUCUUUCCCCGCCAUCCAAAUUUCCACGAUUAUUUUAAGAUCAUUAUUUUAAAAAGACAUUUCCGCAGCAAGCAGCAAACCAUCCACAAGUGUUGGAUCUUCUUGGGAAUUCAACACUGUUUGACCAUCGUAGAUCUUAGUUUUACUGUUUUCUGUAUUAAGAUAAUGUGAAAUUGUUGGCAAAUCGUACCGCCAAGCGGCUUACGGAUAAAAAUUUUGUUUUUUUUUAACUUCUACCGCUGCCUUUAUAACAGUUUUCUUUGAAAAAUUAGCAUACAUGCGACUUUCUUCAGGUUUCGUGUAGUUUCGCGGCAUGCUAAAGGAAUUCUGUAACAAUGCUAGCACAGAGAACAGACGUUCAUCUUCAUUCGCGUGCUUGUGUAAAAGUUUGUACUGGUCAUUUUGAAGUAUGUCGUUUUGCCCCCGUUGCGCGGUGCUAGUGUGCAGAUAAAUAUGGUUAAAAUUUACCGUGUUUUUCUUUUUAGCGCCAGUGUUCAUUCCGAAUUGCUCCUAGGCUCGCUCCUAGGUGGCAGCACUACAUUGUUUAAUCUCUUAGUGAGAUUGAGUUUUUAUGUCGGGCAGCCUUCGUUGGCGGCGCUGAGGUGCGAUUUAAAUCUUUACACACGUUUUUCAAGAAAUUUUGUUCGAGCAUCCAUGUCUGUUCUCUGUGAUACUAGUUUAAUUUUAUUUUAAACUGAAUCAGCAGUUUUUGAAAAAUAAAACUAUCGUGAAUCAGAUGUUGCAAGUCACCACUCAGGGGGACAAAUAUAAAAAAGUUGAUAUUUCAAAAUCAAACAAUUUUAUUAUUUAAUAGUUUUCGUGGAAUUACAUACCUUAGUAGAUCCUGUAACGCAGUAACUGGAAAGGGGAUCGAUUUUGGUGAAAUUUUCAAUUUGCUACACGAACUUACGAUUUACCACGUUCGUAUUUUUUUUUUUUGUCUUUAUUAAGGAGACUUUUAGCCCGAGGCUGGCUCGUCUCCGACGUUUGAAUUUCAACUGACGAAACAGUUUCAGAAAAUAACAAAAACACAACAGUGAGUGGUAUUUUCACCUAAAUACCAACUAGGCACAACAAAUACAAUGUAAACUUGGAAUGCGUGAUGACAUUUAAGUCGAUGUCUGGGUAAAUUUUUAUUGUAAAAAAAACAAAAACUUGUGGAAAACCCAAGUGUUGCAAGUCACCCUGUUUGACGGGGGGUACGCCGUUUGGCAUAAAAUAAUAUGGCAUAAUAGUCAUUUGGCAUAAUAGCCGUUUGGCAUAAUGGUCGUUUGGCAUAAUUGAUUAAAAAUAAUAUAUACUCAGAAAAAUUACAAUUCUUGCAGAAUAGUUAUUAUUGGCAAUAUGAUUUUCCCUUCAUUUGCACAUAGGCAUAGACCAUUCCUCAGAACGUAUUAUUCCCCAAAAAGUGAAAUUAAAGUAAUUCUAUUUUAUUGAAUUUUUGUUCGUAUAAUUUUGUUUUAAUCAAACGGUUGCUCGAGAUAAGGGGAAACACGUAAUACAGGUAUACCUCGAUUAUAUGGACCCUCGAUUAUAUGGACUUCGAUUAUAUGGACUUUUUACCUCGAUUAUAUGGACAAUUUUUUUCGCCUAAAUUGUUUUUCGUGAUUUGGGUUUCUGAAAAGCUAUGGAAUAUUCUAUGUUAUAUUUUACAUUGAUUUUAUAUUUAUUAGGGUAAAUUGGGGCAAGUAAAGGCCAGUAAAUCAUGUUUUCGAACUUAUAUAUGAAAUCCCACAUUGAAUCAUAUGUUCGGCUGACUGGAUUAAUUCACCAUUUUCACGUUGGAAAUUUCGUUGUACUUGUAUAUUGCAUUAAUCAACAUCACCCUUGGCCACGUCCUUACAAAUAAGUGGGGAAAUAAAACGCGUAUGUUUAGGUGAUCUCUGCUAUAUGAAAACGCGAAGUGAAUUGUCAUUCUUACAGUAUGAGAAGCAAGUGAUGAGAUAAAGAUGUCGUAUUUAACUGUUCGAUAUUUGCUUUAAACCUUUUCCUGCUUUUGGUGCAUGAAAUUACGUGUAGAAGAGUAGAUGACGCAUUAACAUCCAGUAUAUUCGACCCACGGAUUUUGUUAGCAGUAUGUCCAGGAAACUGGAAGAGUUUAUUUCAAUGCGUGCUAAUUUUUUUUUUCUGGAUAAACUUGAUUAUGAUUUGAACUGAAAAAUCUACAAGAAGUCUUUAUAUUUAAAUAAGUUUUGUCGAAUAUCCCUCGGCCGCAUUCAUAUUUGUUCAGUACAAGGCUUGCGGAUUAUAUUGAUGCUUAACGGCAGGAAAAGAAAUUGAAUAUCCAGAAUGUGAGUGUUGCUGUUUAACCGUUCAGCAAACGAGUGAUCCUUAAACCCUCAUGCACUCACUUGGCCUAACAUUCGACCGAUUUAGAAGUGGAAUUAGGCCAAUUUUUCUUUAGUCGUUUCAGGUUUAAAAAAAUGUGGGUUCUUUAGGAAAGUUGACCUUCAACGAGUCAAAGAAUUAAAUGAGACAAUAAAACGAGUCACAAUUUUUGACAGGAAGGGUCAGAAAAAGAGACUGAUUCUAAGCGUUUUUCUGUAUUCAAUAAUGUAUUUGGGCCAUAUCUUCUGAGCCCAUAGUUCGAUCCAGUCAAUUUUCAAUAGUAGACAAUGGUACAAAAUUCUCCAUUCAAAUCAAUUUGCUGCGAUCAAAUCGAUUGAGAACAAGUGUCAGUCCUUUUAUACAAAGUUUGUGUUUGCUUUGUUGAUAAAACAGGUAGGCACUGUAGUUAGAAUUCGUACAAAAGUAUAUUAUUGUAUACAUUUUAAGCUUGGCAAACUCUCCACCACUAACGUAAUCUUAGAAUGGUGUGCAAGUUUGCGACUGGAAAAAGGUUACGUUCUAACAAAAGCUCAUCAUCUGCUGAGUAGUCAUAAAUACGCCAAAACAUGCGAAUUGGACUGCAGAAAAAUAAAUGGAUAUUUUUUAGUGUAUUAAGACUUAUUUUCAUCGUAUAACAUAAAUUUUGAGAAAAAAAAAAUUGCUUCGAUUAUAUGGAAAAUUCGAUUAUAUGGACUUUUUUGCAUCGAAAAAGUCCAUAUAAUCGAGGUACACCUGUAUAGCCUUUCUUUUAAAUCAUGCGUUUGCUCGGUGCAAUGCGAAAGGGAAGCCUAUUCCUUCUUUUAAAUCAUGCAAUAGAUCGGAAUAAUGCAAAAGAGUUGAUGAUGCCUUCUUUUAAAGCACGCGUUUGUUCGGAGCAAUGCAAAAAAGAAGAUCAUUCCUUCUGUUAAAUUACGCGAUUGUUCGCGAUUAUGCCGAAGAGUUGAUGCACGCUAACUUUCACUUACUCAGUGACUGAGUAAAAUUGUAUUGCCCUCUCUUUUCUUCUCACGAAAAUUUUAGUCAGUUUCGCCAAAGCGGAGCUACUCAUAGCUAUGAGUAGUUCCGCUUUUGACGGAAACUGAGUAAAAUUUCUGUGGGAAAAAAAGAGAUGACAAUACAAUUUUACUCAGUCUCUGAGUAAGUGAAAGUUAGAGUGUGCUGCCUUCUUUUAAAGCUCGCAUUUGCUCGGUGCAAUGCAAAAAUGGAGGAGAUCAUUCCUUUUAAUUUACGCGAUUGUUCGGGAUAAUGCGAAAGAGUUGAUGAUGCCUUCUUUUGAAGCACGCGGAUGCUCGGUGCAAUGCGAAAGGGGAGAUCAUGCCUUCCUUUAUAUUACACGUGCUUGGGAUAAUGAAAAACAGUUGAUGAUGUCUUCUUUUAAAACACACGUUUGCUGGAAGCAAUGCAAAAGAAAAGAUUAUUCCUUCUUUUAAUCUCAGGAUAAUACAAAAGAGUUGAUGAUGCCUUCAUUUAAAGACCGCAUUUGCUCGGUGCAAUGCAAAAAGGGAGGUCAUUCCUUCUUUUAUAUUACGUGAUUGCUCGGAAUAAUACAAAAGAGUUGAUGAUGCCUGCUUUAAAAGCAUGGGCCUUCUUUAUUGUUAAUAUCAAAAAGUAUAUGUUUAAGUUGCUAGCCAGUCCAGCUUUAAGUUGCGUAAAGAGUAUGAUUAUUAAAAAUAAGAUCAUUUUCAUUGCGUUAUGCCAAGCGACUAUUUUGUCAAAAGACCAUUAUGCCAAACGGCUUUAUGCCAAAUGACUCUAUGCCAAACGGGGUAGCCCCCGUUUGACGAUACAUAACUCGAUCUAGGAGUGCUGUGCUGCAAUAUUUUUCUGCGAUUUUACAUUUGCAAACCAGGCACUGAUCCCGAGCAACGCAGGGUCUGAUCUGCUAGUAAUAAAAUAUAAUUUAUUUUCAGAUACUUUUCCGGUAUUAAAGUUUUAUACAUUUGCUUUUGUGACAUAUUAUUGGAGAUUCAAAUUGAUAUAGACAAUAAAAAUUCACGGUGGGCAUAUAGUCUAAGUCACUAGCCCUUUAACCAGCGGCAUGAUGACAUUCAGCCGCGAACAGAAGAAGAAGAAGAAGAAAAAUUCACGGUGAAGUCAAUUGUGGGAUCGAACCCAUGACGUCCUGCGUAUGUAGUAGAAAGGGUAUCGACUAAAAUACCAAGCCUGUGUUGUUCAUCAUUAUCUUUUCAUUAAAAAUAAAAUAACUAGUGUACUAUUGAGAGCAAUGGUAGAGCAUGCUAUUAUACUUUGAAAAGAAAAAACGAGUAUUUCGCGUACGGUAAUGGCUACUUAUAAUAAGGACACAUUUGUGGUAUUUGUACCAUGGUACAGGGCGGCAAGAAAAUAAUUCCAAUACUAUCUUUGAUGAAGACAAUAAUAGAUAUGUCACUUAUUUCAAGAUUGUUGUACCAUGGUAUUACGUGUAAGCCUCACACCUCGGAAAAAUUAAAGUAAAGUACACGGGAAAAAA